UGUCUCGCCCUCUCGCACCGGCACUGACGUUCCGAUGCACGUGCCGUGUGCAAACUUCGGUAUGACUAGGACUGACUCGCCGCGGGAAGAGCCAUUCGAAUCCAGUAUUAGUGCGGUGCAGAAGUGUGGCAAUAAUAUACUGAACGAAACUGAGACGCUCGCUGGGUUUCGCGACUCCGAUCGAUAAUAUCCCAUAGUGAAUAAACAAAAUGCCUUUCAAGCCCGUUGAACACCCCAAGUGCCCGAAAUGCGGCAAAUCCGUGUACGCCGCGGAGGAACGCGUUGCCGGUGGACUCAAGUGGCACAAAAUGUGCUUCAAGUGCGGAUUGUGCAGCAAGCUUCUCGACUCGACGAACUGUUCCGAGCACGAGGGUCAGCUGUUCUGCAAAGUUUGCCACGCCCGUAAAUUCGGACCGAAGGGUUACGGAUUCGGUGGUGGUGCAGGUUGCUUGUCAAUGGACCAGGGUGAACACCUCCAGAGAACCGACGAACCAAGAGGAUCGAACGCCGCUCUCGAAAGCCGAGCUAUCGCCAAGGCUCCAGAGGGUCAGGGUUGCCCCCGUUGCGGCGGUUUCGUUUACGCCGCGGAGCAGAUGCUGGCCAGAGGAAGGACAUUCCACAAGGAAUGCUUUAAAUGUGGCAAGUGCUCCAAACGAUUAGACUCUGUCAACUGCUGCGAGGGCCCGGACAAGGAUAUUUACUGCAAAGUAUGCUACGGAAAGAAGUUCGGUCCAAAGGGCUAUGGCUACGGCCAGGGUGGUGGUGCCUUGCAGAGCGACUGCUACGCCAACGGUGAUGCUGCCCCGCGAACCACCGUUAUCGACACCGCCAAAAUACAAGCACCUCCUGGCAAGGGCUGCCCCCGUUGCGGAGGCGUCGUUUUCGCUGCCGAACAAGUUCUUGCCAAGGGACGAGAAUGGCACAGGAAAUGCUUCAAGUGCAAGGACUGCACCAAAACUUUAGACUCGAUAAUCGCCUGCGACGGCCCUGACAAGGACGUUUACUGCAAAACUUGUUACGGCAAAAAGUGGGGUCCUCAUGGCUACGGAUUUGCCUGUGGAUCUGGAUUCCUGCAGACCGAUGGUCUAACCGAGGAAGAGAUCGCGGCGUCAAGGCCGUUCUACAAUCCCGACACUACGUCAAUCAAGGCCCCCCAGGGCCAGGGUUGCCCACGUUGCGGUGGCAUGGUAUUCGCUGCGGAGCAACAGCUCGCUAAGGGCACGAUGUGGCACAAGAAAUGCUUCAACUGUGCCGAGUGCCAUAGACCAUUGGACUCGAUGUUGGCUUGCGAUGGUCCCGACAAGGAAAUACACUGUCGCGCCUGUUACGGAAAGCUUUUUGGGCCAAAGGGCUUUGGUUUUGGUCAUACCCCGACCUUGGUCUCGACGAACGGAGAUCAAGCACCCUCGUACAUCGACGUUUCGCCCGAGCUCGGAACGAAGCGAAACGACGGAAACGGUUGUUCUCGUUGCGGCUAUCCGGUAUACGCUGCAGAGCAAAUGAUCUCGAAGAACCGAGUAUGGCACAAGCGUUGUUUCAGCUGCGGAUCUUGCCACCGUUCGCUCGACUCGACGAAUUUGAACGACGCGCCAGACGGCGAGAUCUACUGUCGCGGUUGUUACGGACGAAACUUUGGGCCACGAGGUGUUGGGUUCGGUAUGGGUGCGGGAACCCUGACGAUGGCUUAGACAAAUGAUUGAGCUCCUCUGAAUCCUGCCACAAAUCCCACAUCUCUCCAUCCUUUGCAUUAAACACAACGCAAUUAUGUUAAAUUAAUAAUAAUAUUAAUAAUAAAUUAAUAAUAAUAAUAAUUAAUAAUAAUAAAUUAAUAAUAAUAAUGAUGAUGAUGAGAUCAGGAAUAAAAUAGUCUCAGGAGUUCAAAGGGACGAGGCAUCUCGAAGAAUGAUUAAAAGAACGCAACGAAGCCUGAAAUAUUCGCGCCACAAUAAUAACGAAUGAAUAUAAAUAAUGAAAAAAUAUUAUAAAGGAUGAAUGGCGAGCUAAAAACGUAACAAACGAAGAAAAACACUCGCUGCACCGCGACGAUAUUUCGAGCGAGACGAACGGCCAUUGUUUCGAUGCGAGAAAUCAAAUGAAAAAUCAAACGGAAUAACAGAAACUGUGACGAUUUAAAGAUUUAAGUUUAAUCGCUUCCAAUGAAACAUCGCCAAUUUCGAUAACGAUAAACCUCGCACGAUUAAUCCGUGUUAAUUUGCAGAUUAAAUGCGUUAUUUUCUUCUUCUUCUUUUUUUUUUUUUUUUUUCUAGAGCGCUACAGUAGAUUUGACGAAAAAACAAUAAUAUUUGCAAACAACACCACGCUUUAACUGAUUACAAACGGAAUGCAAAAAAAAGCAAAAAACAAAAAUAUAUUACGAACGAACCGUCCACCGCGAUGGUGACGAAGUUUCUUCCUUUAUUUUUUCUUUUUUUUUUUUCACUAAUAUUACGAUGAUCGAAUUUUCAUGCGGCGACCUCGAGGUUACGGCUUCUUGGUGCAAAUUCGCUUUUUGUCCUCGUGACGUUUCGCAGUCCGAUCGUUUUUCACGAUUUAUCGUUAUGAAAUAUUUCGAUGGUGGAAAAAAAUCGAUAAAAAAUUCGGUGGAAAUCGAGGGACUCGAAACUUCAGAGGAAUUAUUCGCCAAGAGAUUGUCAUCCGAGGGGCCAUCGCGCGAGGAAACGGAGCUUUUUGAAAGGACUCAAAUGGAAUACGAAUAAUCGAUAAGCACGAGGAAUUCCAGUCUUGGAGAGAUUUUCCUACGAAUAACGAAAAUUAAAAAAAAACACAAAAACAUAAAAAAAAAAAAACAAAUGAAAAUGGGGACCUCUACAGCCAAAACGACCGACGAUUAUCCAGCCUCGAGAGAAGAUGAAUAUUAUUUUGAAUAAUAUCGAAAUGAUUUAUUAAGAUUUAGGGUUACGAUAAUAGAAAAAAGUAUAAAUCAGCCAAAACCAUCGACCCAUCCGCUGUAACGAAUAUUUGAGGAUUUUGCUUUUUCGAUCUUUCCCAGGAACGAGAAACUGCGAAAUCCUCAUUAACGCACAAAUAAAUAAAUGAAUAAAUAAACACCGAUACACAUACACGAAUAAAUAAACAAAUAAAUGAAACUUUCGACGCAUUGUGACGUUCUGUCACAAGCAAAUAUUUAGGGACGACCAGAAAUAACUGAGAUGGAAUUAUUUUCAAUAAAUAUACGUUUUAAAAAGUC